AUGUCAGGCGAUAUUAUCCGGAGUAGUUUUCGGACCCAAGGAAACAGUGAUCAAUCUUGUCCAGUCUUUAACACGUUUAAUGUCAGCUAGCCUGUAUGUAGAACAGAUUCCUAUGUAUCUAGACUCCGAUAAAAAUAUUAAAAUAUGGACAAUCAAGGACUGUCAGCUAUCUACCGAAAUGACCGUCAAAUUGUGGUCCUGUCUCAGAUCCUUCACCUCACUGAAACAUCUCAGCAUCUCAGACUCCUCUUUCAGUUUCCCUUCAUCUCCUUCUGAGCUUCCAUCCGUUACAAAGUUAUCGGCUGAGAGAUUGACGUCACAAAGCUACACAGGUCUGCUCUCAUCGCUACCUCGCUUGAGAGCGAUCGAUAUCACUAUCGAUGAUGCGGAGAGAGACAUACCUCAGAUCAAUGCUGGUCUUCGUCGGACCAGAGGACAGCACCUCAAACACAUCAGGCUUAAAGCACUGUCAUCACUCCCAUCAGAGAAGAAGAGUGCUUCGAGAGAGACGAUGAGAGGAUUGGGUCUUCUGAUCGAAGAACAAACCAAGAACCUGCAGCGUCUACAUCUGGCUGGGGUGGAGUCCUUGGAUGAAGAAAGCCUGGUUGACCUCAUCGAGUGUUGCAGACGCGUGAAGACGGUGUCAGAUGUGUGGUUCUACUUGUGUGGUACUAAAAAGGGCGGCAAACUAGAAUCUCAUCUUAAAGGUCUUCACACAUCUCCACGCGGCGACCUCAAUGUGCAUGUUUAUCAUGAUGGUAAUUUCCAGGAUGACAAAUCUUAUAUCAUUACUCACACUCGUUGAGUUUCAGCGAUGGCUACACACUACCGGUCAAGCUGACCUGUACCAUUGCCUUCUACCUGACAAAUUCCACUAUGCUCGUUGAAGGACCUCAUACAUCAUGUCUUAUAUUGACUAAGUUACACUAAUAACUACGAUCAAGCGGAUAUACGUCACUAUAUUUAAGGGGUUGAUCGUUAUUUCAAAAUCGAAAAAAUAGAAACGAAAACAGACACACUCAUUUGUUUUCGUCUCACCCUCAUCAGAAUAAAUCGCAAGAACGAACGCGCGCUUUUUCCUGUAGCUUCCACUUAUGCUGUCAAGUUUCGGCUUUUUUAAAUUAAUUAAUGCGAUUUACUCCGAUGAGGCCAAGACGAAAAGCCUUAAUUUGUCUGUUUUCGUUGGUUUCACUAUGGUUCAUGAUGUAAAGUACCAUAAUUAAAGAUAAAACAUUGGUAUAUUACGUAAUGAAUGAAUC